GAUGCUUGAAGUUUGCAUCAUGGUGAAAAAUUUCUAGACUCAGUUUCUCAGCGUUCUUUGUUGCUGUUUUUUUCUGCAAUUAAAUGUUUUAACUAAUAUUGAAGUCUCUGCAGGGGAAAAUCUUAGGUGUAGUAUUAAAGUGUUAACAACUUAAACAUCUAACUCUAUCUUUCUCUUUCUCUUUGAUAUCUUAUGAUUCAGGCAUUAUCUCCUUGACUUGAUGAGAGUCACUCCUCGUGAUGCAAACUACAUUGGACCUGGGUCUCGAUUUUGUAUCUUGAGACCAGAAUUAAUUACAGCUUUUUGCCAGGCCAAAGCUACAGAGAGAUCCAAAACUAAGUCCACGUCUCAAGGAGAUGCUCAUAUUGCCAGUAAUUCUCCAAAUGUUGAUGGUGAAAUACAGAUAAAUGGAUUCAGAUUACCAACGAAGGUUUUGGGACUCGGAGAUAUCGAGGGCAAAGGUUAAUUGUAGAUCGAACUUCUGGAAAGCCGUGUCGGAUAUUAAGUUCAAACUGACUCCAGCCCAAAUAAAGAAGUUUGAGGAUAGCUGUUUUGGCCACUUUUUGAAGGCCAACGAGAUACAAUUUAGUGGCCACAUCGUCAACAGCAUGCUGUAUAGGCAAUGUGUUUGCGACGAUAAGGACUCUAUGGUAUUCAAUUUUGGAGGGCGUGGUGCUAGAUUUACACAGAGGGACUUCACCAUAAUUACAGGUCUACGGUUUGGUUACGAACCCAAUAGGCAGGUUAACAUCUCUACUCGUAUUAGUGACACGUAUUUUGGCGGAAAGCGAAAGGUCACUAAUUCGGAGAUAACCGAAGCUUUCCUGAAUGCAC